AUGCCGUGUGUCUACGGAGAAUCUCGCAAAUUUGGCAGACCACCUCGCCAACCUGUGCCAAAACGCACCACAGGGAGUACCUCGCCGACUUCGUCAGGACGUUCAAGCGAGCAGCCAGAGGAACGCGCGACAAGGGCGACGGCGGCGGUACUGGCCCCAGAGCCUGACCAGCCAGGUGCUUCUAGCACAGUGAGCCAUAAUGGAGACGACGUAUGGGGCGGGAUUGCGGAGAGUAAUAGCGCCAACGUUGGAAUGAUCGACUUUGCGUCAAUAGAGGACGGCUUGCAUCACGACCUGAAUUUUAUAGGGGCGGAUCCCCUCCAUUCGGGUUUCGUCGACUGGGCAGCUUCAGAGAGCUACUGGGCAGAUAAUGCACUGCCGGAAGAACCGGAACAUGAUCGUGCGUCGUCAAAUGCCUCACACACCCCCGAAUCGUCCCGCCCCGGGAGCGCCUCGAUGGUACUGUCUGGUACUGGGGACCACGAUUGCCUGCGGGAUGCAUACGAGAUUCUCGGGAACCUGUCGAAUCUCAACAUUAGCAAGGGGCAUUUCGGGUCUCCCCUCGAAACCACCCCACAAACACCUACCCAAUCGGUGCCUUUGGACCACGUCCUCCGCAUCAACCGGGAGGCUAGCGAGCGCCUCGGCCAGUUACUAUUAUGCACUUGCGACCGUUCACCCCACCUGCAACUGCUCUAUGCGUCCAUCAUCUCACGGGUCCUGAUCUGGUACCAGCAGGUGACAGAUUGUACCUCACACCACGAUAGGGUCGUUUCUUGGAGCAGCAGCAGCUACUUACCCCCGGCUAUCACAUUGGAUGACUUCAGUGUGACGGCCAUGGCUCCGUCGAGUCUAGCGAGCUCCAACGCAGCCGCACCCACAGCGCCAUCAGGACCUGUCCCCAGUCCGGGGGGCUCGAAUGUGGGCACGACACGAGCGGCUGCACCUCUCGCCAUCGGACCAUCGUCAAUGGCGAUUGGGACGUUCAACGUCGACGAUCUGGGGAUGCAGGCGGCCUUGAAGAUACAGUUGUUGUCGGGAGAGAUGAGGAGGGCUGGGUGGCUGAUUGAUCUUUUUACUUCAUUCCAUCAUGGUGGUGGCCAGUGCAUGGCAGAUAUGUCGAGCCCGGGCUUUGGUGGGGAAAGCAACCUGUACCAGAUCCUGGACUCGUGGUUGAGGGGCGAGCAUUUGAGAGUGACCAACUUGAUGAGGUCGAAAUUGAGGGAACUGAAUGCGGAUUUGUUGUGA